AUGCCCUCCUCCCAGGUCCUCCCACAGCAGCCAGAGAUACGCGACAGCAAGGACUAUGGCAUCAAGGAUGUCUGGGCAGACAAUCUGGAGACGGAAUUUGCAGCUCUGAGACAGGCUGUCGAGCGGUAUCCAUACAUCUCUAUGGACACCGAGUUCCCCGGUAUCGUCGCCAGGCCUAUAGGAAACUUCAAGACCGGCUCAGACUACCACUUUCAGACUAUGCGCUGCAACGUCGACAUGCUCAAAAUCAUCCAGCUCGGUAUAACACUCUGCGAUGAGAAUGGCGAUUCACCAGAAGUAUCGACGUAUCAAUUCAACUUUGCUUUCAGUCUGUCCGAGGACAUGUUUGCGCCUGAUUCGAUCGACCUUCUGAAGACAUCAGGAAUUGAUUUCAAGCGUAAUGAGGAGGAAGGAAUCGAUAUCGAGUACUUUGGAGAGUUGCUCAUUACAUCUGGCCUGGUCCUGUUUGAAAACAUCAAAUGGGUUUCCUUCCACUCUGGCUACGACUUUGGCUACCUCCUCAAAGUCCUGACGUGCGAACCCCUCCCGGCCGACGAGACCGACUUUUUCCGCUUGCUGUUCAUUUGGUUCCCGUGCAUCUACGAUAUCAAACAUAUUGUGCGGUCAAUCAAGACGCUGAGAGGAGGUCUGCAAGAGAUUGCCGAGUCAUUAGGCGUGAAAAGAAUAGGGCCACAACAUCAGGCUGGUUCAGAUUCGCUGCUUACAGCAGCCGUAUUCUUCCGUAUCCAGACCAUCUACUUUGACGGGCAUCUGAGUGACGACUAUUACAAGAACUAUCUGUAUGGCUUCUCAUCAGGUCGGCUGGGUAAAAACUCCCCAGCGACGCAUGGAGAUAAUCUAGUCUUGGUAGAUAAACCAUACUAG